CUCUGUUGUAUAUAUAUUUCCCUUAUAACCAAAGGAUGAAGGCAGCUUGAAAAUUGCUCAAUUUUUCAGUAGGUCAUUAGCUAAGCUUUUGGCUUCUCCAAUUGAGAGAGAAAAAUGGAUUCCUUUGCUGUAAACUCAAAGAAAACACUCCAUGUUCGCUCAAAUAGCUUGCCCUCAAAGCCCCAUCCAAUUGUUAACCAAGUUGAUGAACAUUUGUGCAGAUUGAAGUCCUCUGAAGCCACUUCUUCAACUUCCUCUUUAUGCCAAAGACUCAGUAGCCUCCAUGAUUUGCAUGAUUGCAUUGAUAGUUUACUUCUUCUACCAUUCACCCAACAAACUCUUGUUAAUGAGAGUGAUAACAAAUGGACUGAUGACUUGCUAGAAGGAUCUUUGCGGGUCUUAGAGUUGUGUGAUAUUGCUAAGGAUGCAUUGUUGCAGACAAAAGAAUGUGUGCUUGAACUAGAAUCGGUUUUGCGUAGAAGAAGAGGUGAAGAUGUCAUUGCAAGUGAUCUUCAGAAAUGCUUGAGUUCUAGGAAGAUGAUAAAGAAGGCAGUCCACAAGACCUUGAAAGGAAUCAAAAGCAACUAUUCUCAGCAAAGUGAAGAAAAUUCAGCAACUGUAAAUUUGUUAAAAGAAGUAGAAGCAAUCACAUUCAGUACUGUUGAAUCAGUAUUGUCCUUCAUAGCAGGACAAAAGUUGCCAUCAAAGUUGAGUCGAUGGUCCUUUGUCUCCAAGCUGGUACAAACCAAAAGAGUUGCCAGCAAAGAUGAAGAUGCAUAUGAAAAUGAGGUAGAAAUGUUGGAUGCCGCUCUGUUUGCAAUUGCCAGCCACACAAGCGAUAAAUCCUUCAGCUUGCAGAACCUGCUGAGGAAAUUUGAGUCAAGUAUUCAAGAUCUUGAAGAAGAUCUUGAGAGUCUACAAAGGCAUCUAAUAAAAAAUAGAGUCUCUCUUCUCAAUAUCCUAAAUUACUAAGUAUGGAACUUAGAUAAUAGUAAUGGUCAAUGCCAUGAGAACUCAUUUUUGCUAAAUGUAAACACCAAAGUGUAUAUAUAUACAUUUCUAUUGUUAUGAGAAUCAACUCUUUGAAGCAAAAUCAGAUUUUGCGUUUAGUAUAAUCAUCUUCCCCAGCCAAUUAUUUUCCACUAUUUAUAUUGAUCAGUGUGCUGUGCUAUGUUUC